AUGUUCUAUUUAGGGAGCGGGAGCGAGCCGGUUGAAGUGCAGUCUACUGGUUACAUUUGCUUAGCCUGUUUUCUGUCAAUGAAUGUGUUUUUUCUCUGAGUUGGUGAGCUGUUGUGGAAUUCAGCAAAAACUUAACUUUGGGAAAUGGCUCCAAAGAAGGGAAAAGGAGAUGAUGCACCAAAGCCACAGCCACUGAUUGGAAGGUUUGGCACCUCAUUGAAAAUUGGAAUUGUUGGCCUGCCCAAUGUUGGGAAGUCAACCUUUUUCAACGUGCUGACAAAGAAUCAGGCUGCAGCUGAAAAUUUCCCCUUCUGCACCAUUGACCCAAAUGAAAGCAGAGUGCCCAUUCCAGAUGAACGCUAUGAUUUCCUCUGCCAAUUCCACAAACCUGCCAGCAAAAUCCCUGCUUUCCUUAAUGUUGUUGACAUAGCUGGCCUGGUGAAAGGUGCUCAUGAUGGCCAGGGCCUGGGAAAUGCCUUCCUGUCUCAUAUCAGCGCCUGUGACGGCAUCUUCCACAUGACACGUGCUUUUGAGGAUGAGGAUAUCAUCCAUGUUGAGGGGACAGUGGACCCAGUAAGGGAUAUGGAGAUCAUCCACGAGGAGCUGAGGCUGAAGGAUGAGGAGAUGAUCGGCCCUAUUAUUGACAAGCUGGAGAAGACGGCCAUUAGAGGCGGUGACAAGAAACUCAAACCAGAAUACGACGUUAUGUGCAAAAUCAAGAGCUGGGUGCUGGAUGAAAAGAAACACGUCCGCUACUAUCAAGAUUGGAAUGACAAGGAGAUCGAAGUGUUGAACAAAUACUUGUUUUUGACAUCCAAACCAAUGAUUUACCUCGUUAACCUCUCUGAGAAAGACUACAUCAGGAAAAAGAACAAAUGGUUGGUGAAAAUCAAGGAGUGGGUGGACAGUCAUGACCCCGGAGCCUUGGUCAUCCCCUUCAGUGGCGGCCUGGAGAGCCAGCUACAGGACAAGAGUGAAGAGGAGAGGCAGAAGUACUGCACAGAGCACAAGACACAGAGUGCCCUGAGCAAGAUCAUCAAGGCAGGCUACGCAGCCCUGCAGCUCGAGUACUUCUUCACUGCUGGACCAGAUGAGGUCCGUGCAUGGACCAUACGGAAAGGAACUAAGGCUCCACAGGCUGCAGGGAAGAUCCACACAGACUUUGAGAAGGGCUUCAUUAUGGCAGAAGUAAUGAAAUUCCAGGAUUUUAAAGAGGAAGGCAGCGAGAGCGCUGUCAAGGCAGCAGGGAAAUACAGACAACAAGGAAGAAACUACAUUGUUGAAGAUGGAGACAUCAUCUUUUUCAAAUUCAACGCACCAAAUGCACCAAAGAAAAAGUGACACAAGAACAAUCUGUUUGUUUACAUAACUGACUGUGCUGUGACUGUUACCCCCCUUUUUUCCUUAGGCCUGACACCCACUGCCACACUCUCGCUUUCUGUUUCCCGUUCUGCAGGAUCAAAUCCCCCCUCUUUGCCGAAGCGCAGGUUCAGUAAACUCUGACAGCUUUACUAUUUAAGAUCAGGAUCGGCCCCCACUCCAAAUUGUAGCAGCAUUUGAAGGAGCAUAUUACUCUCCAGAUACUUCAUUAAUCUCCAUCACGGUUGCCAGCUCUGACACAGCUGACAGCAGGGACAAUGCCACCUGCUCCUCUCCCCCUUCAGCAGAUAAUGCAUGUUUUACAGUAGCCCAGAUGUCUACACUCAAUAAAACAUUUGACAAAACCA